AUGGCCAACUCUGGCCUUCAGCUCCUGGGCUACUUCCUGGCUAUGGGUGGCUGGGUGGGCAUCAUCGCCAGCACAGCCCUGCCGCAAUGGAAGCAGUCCUCCUACGCGGGCGACGCCAUCAUCACCGCCGUGGGCCUCUACGAAGGACUCUGGAUGUCCUGCGCCUCCCAGAGCACCGGUCAGGUGCAGUGCAAGCUUUAUGACUCGCUGCUCGCCCUGGAAGGUCACAUCCAGUCGGCGCGAGCCCUGAUGGUGGUGGCUGUGCUCCUGGGCUUCGUGGCCAUGGUCCUCAGUGUUGUCGGUAUGAAGUGCACUCGGGUCGGAGACAGCAACCCCAUCGCCAAGGGCCGUGUCGCCAUCGCUGGGGGUGCCCUCUUCCUCCUGGCGGGCCUCUGCACUUUGACAGCCGUCUCGUGGUAUGCCACCCUGGUGACCCAGGAGUUCUUCAACCCCAGCACACCUGUCAAUGCCAGGUACGAGUUCGGCCCAGCCCUGUUCGUGGGCUGGGCGGCCGCCGGCCUGGCCCUGCUGGGCGGCUCCUUCCUCUGCUGCACGUGUCCGGAGCCCGAACGAGCCAACAACAGCCCGCAGCCCUACCGGCCGGGUCCCUCCGCGGCUGCCCGAGAACCAGUUGUUAAAUUGUCCGCCUCCACCAAGGGCCCCCUGGGUGUGUAA